AUGGAGGAGGGAAGAUUCCACUGCAGAGUGCUGCAGGCGGUGGUAGUUGAGAUAUUGAAUCAGGUGGGGUUUGAAAGGGCAAGCAAGCAGUCGCUCCAGGUGAUUGUCGAUCUUACCAUGAACCAGCUGAACAGACAGUUGCUGUCCAUUAAACGGUCUCUGAGCGAAACAGAGCUGGGAGAAGCGUACAACACAGCAGGGCUAGAGAAGAAGCCGCUUGAUGAAGAGCUCGUGGAGACACUUCUGCAGACGAUAGUGGAAGAGUCCGCGGGCUCUGAAAGCUCCUACAGAAGGGAAGAGCUCGUUUCAUUCCUGCAAUACCAGCUGAACAUAACGAAGCAAAUAAAAAAAGAAGUGUCGCCCAAAGAAGAGUCUCUCCUGGAAAUACUCCGAGUGGGCGAUCAGAUAAAGCCGAUACUGCAUGAAGACAGGGGAAUAAUCGACUUCACGGGAGAGGAAGAAGGAGAGAAGAAGGCGCCAGUGGAGAAGAAGUAUCUGGACCAAGACGUGCAGGACCAUCUCAGAGAAAGAGCGAGCAUUCCAUACGAGAAGCCAAAGAGCAGAAAUAGAAGAGCAGAGAAUCCAGCGGAAGAUGAAGAGGAAGACGUGCGGCUGGAAGAUCCGCUGAUAGAAGUAAACGCGGAGAAGAAAGAGUAUUUAAUACGAAGCAACAUGAGAGACUACGAGCACAUGCUGAACAAGAAGAGACUAACGACGCAGCACUGCACGCCGUGCGAUACACAGGAUGAAAUACCCUUUUUGGAAGACAUUCUGUCGCUGAGCACACUCAGAAAAAUAUCAAAAAAACCAAAACCACCAAGAGAAAAGAAAAACACAAAGGAUGCCAGAAACGAAGAAGUGCCUGUUUAG